AUAUAUAGCCUUAGGGGCAAGAUGAAUCUCAGAUUUUCAUUGCAGCCAUUAGACUCUUGCUUUCUAAUAAAACAAAAAAGUAGGAGUUUGACCUGGGUUAAACUGUGGUGUUCCUGCCCUCCUCUUCAGGUGUAGGUGAGAUUGAGAAAGGGGUGUGACUCAUUCAUUCAAAAUAAAUUUAAAUCAUUCUCAGAAAUUGAUGUGAGCUGAGAGAGGUGGCACAUGCCUUUCGUCCAGCACCCCAGAGGCAAGCAGGGUCUGAGCUGGAGGUCAGCCUAUAACAGUGCAUCUCUUCCAGUUAGUGUAUGGCUGUGACUAAGACACUCGCAUUGAACGUUCCCAAAAUUAUUUUAUUAGCACCAUGUUCUAACCAACUGAACUAACUGGUCUGCCCCUAAAAUUAUUAUAGAAUUUAGCAAUUGAAUUUAUAAAGUGUUUUAAUUUGGGUUGUUGGGACAUUACUAGAUGUUUUGACAAACUUCUCAUCAAUCCCAUUUUUCCUUUGAUUAAUUCAUUUCUGUGUUCCACUGCCUGUUGAUUCUGCAAAGACUUGGGUGGCAACAAAGCUUAAGCACAUUUGCUCUUAUGUCUAGAAAGAGAUGUGAGCACAGUGAGGAGACUGCUGCCUCGGGCAUUUCCCUCUGCUUUCCAGCACACCCAGCUUUUGAGCACAUUAACAGCUUUGUGUACUGUAGAGAUGUUGCUCACCUGAGUCCUGACUGACAAGACAUUUGUAGCAGGAGUUGUUCCAACUGAGGCUGAACAACAAAGCUUUGUGUAAAACCUGCUGCCUGAGGGCCUACUGUGUGCUCCCAGCAGCAUGGCCUGCAAAGUUAGGGUGUCCUGGAAGUGAUAGAUGAACAAGAGUGCAGUUCUAUUAGGCUGGACAAUUUGCCAUUUUAGUGCCUUGUGCUGAAAAGAGGGUCUCCUUGGUAAGGACCUGUUAGACCCUGCCAGCAUAGCAUACCGAAAAGCUGAGCAGGGCUUGGGGGCCGUUGAUAGGUUGGGAGAGAGUACCACCACUCUGCUCCUCUGUACUGCAGGGAUUUUGUUUUUUCUCUCUGUUUUCAAAAUUCAGUCUCCUUGUUGAGGUUUCUAGUUCAAAAGGUGUUGCGGCUUGGGGGGUCCUUCUUACACAUUUUUAAACAAAAAGUUAGAUGGGUAGCAUGAAUAAAUUCUGGAGCCAACUACUGAUUUGAACUUAUUCUUUUUUAUUUUGUUAUUUUAUUUUUGGUCAAGGUGUCACUAUGCCCGACUUGUUUCAUUUAGAGUAUUGGUGGUUUCUAGCUCAUGAUCCUCAUGCCUUAUCCAUCUGAGUGCUAGGAUUGGGGUUGCCAGUGUGUUAUCAACUAACCCAGCCUGACCCUUUUGAGUACUUAAAGAUAGUGGCCUGAGGAAAAACAUAGGGGACCUUUGAGUCCUUUUUCAUUGGGUUGGUAUAAGGCUCAGGGAGUAUGAAGGAGAAAUAAAUAGUAAUUGUUGCCCUUCUGGGGAAGGACUGCUCACUCUAGUUCUGGUCUUCAACUUACAGGAGUUCAUCUGGAGAAUGAUGAGGCUGGGGAUGUUGCUUUUCAGUGACUGUUUUAAUGUUGGGAGACCUGGCAAGCUUUGGGACUUGUGUACACGAACAUCCCCAGGUUCAGGCUUGCGGCCAGUAAAGAAACUAUGUUCCAACUUCCUGUCAACAAUCUUGGCAGUUUAAGAAAAGCCCGGAAAACUGUGAAAAAAAUACUUAGUGACAUUGGGUUGGAAUACUGUAAAGAACAUAUAGAAGAUUUUAAACAGUUUGAACCUAAUGACUUUUAUUUGAAAAACACUACAUGGGAGGAUGUAGGACUGUGGGACCCUUCACUUACAAAAAAUCAGGACUAUCGGACAAAACCUUUUUGCUGCAGUGCUUGUCCGUUUUCCUCAAAAUUCUUCUCUGCCUACAAAAGUCAUUUCCGGAAUGUUCAUAGUGAAGACUUUGAAAAUAGGAUUCUCCUUAAUUGCCCUUACUGUACCUUCAAUGCAGAUAAAAAGACUUUGGAAACACACAUUAAAAUAUUUCAUGCUCCAAACUCCAGCGCACCGAGUAGCAGCCUCAGCACUUUCAAAGAUAAAAACAAAAACGAUGGCCUUAAACCUAAGCAGGCUGACAGUGUAGAGCAAGCCGUGUAUUACUGCAAGAAGUGCACUUACCGAGACCCUCUCUAUGAGAUUGUCAGGAAGCACAUCUACAGGGAACAUUUUCAGCAUGUAGCAGCACCGUACAUAGCAAAGGCAGGAGAAAAAUCACUCAAUGGUGCUGUCCCCCUGGGUGCAAAUGCCCGAGAAGAGUGUAACAUCCACUGCAAGCGAUGCCUUUUCAUGCCCAAGUCCUAUGAAGCUUUGGUACAGCAUGUCAUUGAGGACCAUGAACGGAUAGGCUAUCAGGUCACUGCCAUGAUUGGGCACACAAAUGUUGUAGUUCCCCGGGCCAAACCCUUGAUGCUGAUUGCUCCCAAACCUCAAGAGAAAAAGGGCAUGGGACUGCCACCAAGAAUCAGUUCCCUUGCUUCUGGAAAUGUCCGGUCUUUGCCAUCACAGCAGAUGGUGAAUCGAUUGUCAAUACCAAAGCCUAACUUAAACUCAGCAGGAGUCAAUAUGAUGUCCAAUGUUCACCUGCAGCAAAACAACUAUGGAGUCAAAUCUGUAGGCCAGAGCUAUGGUGUUGGCCAGUCAGUGAGACUGGGUCUAGGUGGCAAUGCUCCAGUUUCCAUCCCUCAGCAGUCUCAGUCUGUGAAACAGUUACUUCCCAGUGGAAAUGGGAGGUCGUAUGGGCUUGGUGCUGAGCAGAGGCCCCCAGCAGCGGCCAGGUACUCCUUGCAGACUGCCAGUACCACCUCUCUACCCCCGGGCCAGGUGAAGUCUCCCUCUGUGUCUCAGUCACAGGCUUCUAGAGUAUUAGGUCAAUCCGGUUCUAAACCUCCACCAGCAGCCACAGGCCCUCCUCCAAGCAACCAUUGUGCUACUCAGAAAUGGAAAAUAUGUACAAUCUGUAACGAGCUUUUUCCAGAGAAUGUCUAUAGUGUUCACUUUGAAAAGGAACAUAAAGCUGAGAAAGUCCCAGCAGUAGCUAACUACAUUAUGAAAAUACACAAUUUUACUAGCAAAUGCCUCUACUGUAAUCGCUAUUUGCCCACAGAUACCCUGCUCAACCAUAUGUUAAUUCAUGGUCUGUCUUGUCCAUAUUGCCGCUCAACCUUCAAUGAUGUGGAAAAGAUGGCAGCACACAUGCGAAUGGUUCACAUUGAUGAAGAGAUGGGACCUAAAACCGAUUCUACUUUGAGCUUUGAUUUGACAUUGCAACAGGGGAGUCAUACCAACAUCCAUCUUCUGGUGACCACAUACAACCUGAGGGAUGCCCCAGCCGAAUCAGUUGCUUACCAUGCCCAAAAUAAUGCCCCGGUUCCUCCAAAGCCACAGCCAAAAGUUCAGGAAAAAGCAGAUGUCCCUGUUAAAAGUUCACCUCAAGCUGCAGUGCCCUAUAAAAAAGAUGUUGGGAAAACCCUUUGCCCUCUUUGCUUUUCAAUCCUAAAAGGACCCAUAUCUGAUGCACUUGCACAUCAUUUACGAGAAAGACACCAAGUUAUUCAGACAGUUCAUCCAGUUGAGAAAAAGCUAACCUACAAAUGUAUCCAUUGCCUUGGUGUGUAUACUAGCAACAUGACAGCCUCAACUAUCACCCUGCAUCUAGUCCACUGCAGGGGUGUUGGAAAAACCCAGAAUGGCCAGGACAAAACAAACGCGCCUUCUCGGCUCAAUCAGUCUCCAGGCCUGGCUCCUGUGAAGCGCACCUAUGAACCCGUGGAGUUUCCUCUGCUAAAAAAGCGAAAGCUGGAGGAUGACAGUGAUUCUCCCAGCUGCUUUGAAGAGAAGCCUGAAGAGCCUGUUGUUUUAGCUUUAGACCCCAAGGGUCAUGAAGAUGAUUCUUACGAAGCUAGGAAAAGCUUCCUCACAAAAUAUUUCAACAAACAGCCCUAUCCCACCAGGAGAGAAAUUGAGAAAUUAGCCGCCAGUCUGUGGCUGUGGAAGAGUGACAUUGCUUCCCAUUUCAGUAACAAGAGAAAGAAGUGUGUGCGUGACUGUGAGAAGUACAAGCCCGGUGUGCUGCUAGGCUUUAACAUGAAAGAAUUAAAUAAAGUCAAACACGAGAUGGACUUUGAUGCUGAGUGGCUAUUUGAAAAUCAUGACGAGAAGGACUCAAGAGUCAAUGCUAGUAAGACUGCUGACAAAAAGCUUAGCCUUGGGAAGGAAGACGACAGCUUCUCAGAUAGUUUUGAGCAUUUAGAAGAAGAAUCCAAUGGAAGCCACAGCCCUUUUGACCCUGUCUUUGAAGUUGAGCCUAAAAUUCCUAGUGAUAAUCCAGAGGAGCAUGUACCGAAGGUCAUUCCUGAGGAUGCUUUGGAAUCUGAGAAGCUAGACCAAAAAGAGGAGGAUGGUUCAAAAUAUGAAACUAUCCAUUUGACUGAGGAGCCAACCAAACUAAUGCAUGAUGCCUCUGACAGUGAGGUAGACCAAGAUGAUGUAGUUGAGUGGAAAGAUGGUGCUUCACCAUCUGAGAGUGGGCCUGGUUCCCAACAGAUCUCUGACUUUGAGGAUAACACAUGUGAAAUGAAACCAGGAACCUGGUCUGAUGAGUCUUCCCAGAGUGAAGAUGCAAGGAGCAGUAAGCCAGCUGCCAAAAAAAAGGCUACGGUGCAAGAUGACACAGAGCAGUUGAAAUGGAAGAAUAGUUCCUAUGGAAAAGUUGAAGGGUUUUGGUCCAAGGACCAGUCACAGUGGGAAAAUGCAUCUGAGAAUGCAGAGCGCUUACCAAACCCACAGAUUGAGUGGCAGAAUAGCACAAUUGACAGUGAGGAUGGGGAGCAUUUUGACAGCAUGACUGACGGAGUUGCUGAUCCCAUGCAUGGCAGCUUAACUGGAGUAAAACUGAGCAGCCAGCAAGCCUGAGGGGCCUGACACACCCCAGCACAUGGGCCAUGUUGCAUCUUGGACCUCUGUUCUGAUUGCAGAGCUGUCUUUUAACUGGCACUGCCUUGCAAGGACUGGUCAGUCAGGCUGUUGGGGACAUAUGACCACUACAGUCCCAGUGGUUAUUUCUAUGUCUAUGACAUGUAAUUGGUUGAUCUUGCUUCAGACCCUUCUCUGGUAGAUUCAGUGAUGAAGUGUGAAAAACCAAUAAGCUGGUGGCUCAUGAAUGCUCACAGGGAAAAGCAGUUCAUUGUUUGCUUUUCCAGUAUUCCUUUCCCUUGGUAAGAUGUUUGGUUGGAUGUCCUGGGAAAGCCUUACCCUGAUCACAUUGUAGUGCAGGGCGGGUAUACAUGCUACCAGUCCAGUGUGUCUAGUAGACUUGGGAACAUGGACCUUUUUUCAUGUAUUCAUUCUGAAUAGUUGAAAUGUAUAUUUGUACAGUCUUUUAGACCUCAAGUGAUGCUUAUGACACUGUUACUGUGUGCCCGUCAUAGAUUGGUUUUUAGUGUUGCCCUUGCUGUGUGAUAAAUGCUAUAUCUAGUUUACCUAGCAGAAGCUUGACCCUGCAAUAGUAUGGACCUUUGGACAGACUUAGUUUUUGCACAUAACCUUGUACAAUCUUGCAACAGAGGCCAGCCACAUAAGAUAUAUAUAUCUGGACUCUCCUGUAUUAUAGGAUUUUGGGUUUUUUUUUUUUUUUUUUUUCUGAGUAUCCUUGACAUUACAGUUGUCAAAACUGAUAUUUCAGAUCUCUUUCUGAGACCUUUUAAGCUAAAAUAACAUGCAAGAAUUGAUUUUACAGCUACUAAUUUUGACACCUUUUAGAUCUGUAAGAGUGUUGUGUCAGCAGCAAGCACGGUUGAGUGCUACAUUUGGGAUAUUUAGUUUCCUCUUUAGUUGAGCACCGCUGGGUGUAUUCAUUUAUACCAUCUAAUAUAUGACACACUGUUGUAGUAUGUAUGAUUUUGUGGUCUUUAUUUCCCUUUGUAUUCAUUUUAAGCAUCUAAAUAAAUUGCUGUAUUGUGCUUAAUGUAAAUAUUUGCUUUUAUUACACAAGACAGCCCUGUGUGUCCAUUACAUCUUAUGCUGUUUGAUGCCCCAGCACCCUGACUGAGUAGAGAUGGAAGCCACGCUUACGAAGAAAACUUGUGGGAAACCACGAUCUGUCAUUUGCCUAAAGCAUGCUCUCUCUCCAGGUACCAGCUACAAAUUGUUUUCAUGCGUGUGUAUGUUUCCUUUUGCUGCAAAAGUAAACAUCCUUGAGGUUUUCUGUUCCCCUUUGAUAAGGAGCAAAACUUGGGUCUAUGUAAAUGUCGAUGGUGGCAGAUAUCAGUAUGUUGGCUUCUCGUGGUCUUUCUUCCCUGCAUACCGUUCAUUCCCGCCUUAUGGCAACAGUUGUACCAAACAGGCAACUGCUUUGCCUCUGGAGUCCUUUGACCAUUUUGCUCUGAAAAGAAAGAUUGGAUAGCACACAUUUGAGGGCACUGGCACUGAAGGAGCUGGCAGAUUUACUGCGCAGGGAAUUCCAAGAACAGGCUAAAUUCAGAAUGCAGUAAGGAGGCAGAAGUGGCCUAUCAUUUAGGGUAGAACUUUUCUCCAUACUGGGGUAGGUCAACCAUCUCUCAGCAACAUUGCCUUAGAGAACUCAGGCUACCUUCCAGGACUCCUGAAUCUCUUUCCAAGAAAAGCUUUUAGUAGAGGAAAUGUACAAUUCUAGCACGAGCUUUCUGAAAUCAGUCUUGCCAGGAUACAUUAUGAAUGUGUGCAACAACUAUGGUUCAGGGAGUAUUACUUCAUCACUACAUGCUACAGACACCCAGUCAGAAACACCAUCUGGUAUUUAAGCCACCUCCCACUUCUGGGAAUUUAGCCUAAAAUGUGCAAGGAACACUAAUGAGAUGGUUGCAGGUAGCAUGGAGUGAGGUCGGGCUUGUCCUGUCUGGACAUCAUAGCUGAGUUCUGGUGCUGCCUUGCCAGGUGGGUGGAUGGGUGUGAGACCUCCAGCACCAAAAGGGUUUAGCCACCAUGAUGGAAAUGGGUUCCCAGGUGGAAAUGAUGCCGAAGCUCUGAAUGUGUCUCAAUAAAAGCCAUUUUGAAAGAA